AGUCAAAUACAACGAAUGAACAUCACCGGCAAUACAGGCAGCCACAUAGACAUCACUGUGAAGGAAGAUCUGCAGGGAGGCGUACUCCAGGCAGUAUAUCAUCAACAUAAGUUUAACAUCCACAGUUCAUCAGGGAAAAUAAAUAUCUGUCCCUGCUGUGAUACAGAGGGAACAAUACAAGUGUUCACUAAACCAGGAAGCUCAGAAGAAAUAAUACAGAUAGUACAACGAAAGCAAACUACCUGGAGACCAGAAUGGCAGACAACGAUAAACUCUAUGAAGAAAUAUGCAGUGGAAUCAAACCAGACCGGCUACUGGCAGAUGGAGAACCAGGAUCAUUUCCAUCUUUCCUGUCCUCCCCUCAUACCCUUGAAGAACCUCAACAUCAACUGGCCAACAUUCCCAGAGCCCUCAGUCACCAAAAUUGUGGACGGACAGCUCGGGGGAAACAAGCCCGAUAGACCCGGGAGCUCCAAUCCACCCAGGAUAUCUACUGAAGUGGACCAAUGUGACGAAGGGACUGACAGAAGGGAACCAGCAGAAAGAGAUAUUCGAAUACAACUUCAGCCCUUGGAGCCUGGAGAAAAUAGAACAAAGCGAGGAGGUACCCCUCAUCACCCAAAAAAUGAUGGACCUUCAGAUGCAACCCUAUCACCCAGACUUGGACCCCCGUCUCUCCUCGAUCAGGUCAACACACUGGCUCAAUCCACAAGCCAGGCACCAACUGCUGGAGGAAAAAGGAGCAGAGGUGGGAAAACCUGUUUUGAAUAUCCGCCGAAAGAAACGAAGAAAUACCAGGGGAAGGUCAAAAGCUCUAACAAAGGUGAGCCACCCAGUAAACGAAUCCAAAUUGACCAAACCCCCCACAAAGAUGAAGAAAAGGUGAGCAAACAAGUCACCUCCAAAUGCACAGAUAAGACAAAAAAGCAAUGUGACCCAGCGGACGCAAGACUGUGUGCGUCAUGGGCAGGGGAGUAUGUUGCAGGAGAACCCGUAGAAGUAUCACCCAGAGUCCCGCCAGGAUGGAUGGUAGCCACAUGGGGAGGCAACUACUUCAUCUGCCCAAAAGAAAGAUGUCCACCAUACGGGAAAUGGCUGGACAAUGAAGAACCUCCCGUGCAUAUACAAGUACAGGAUGCCUUGAAACCUCUGAUGAAAAAGGUUUCAGAAGAAAAUGAUUUCCGAAGCCAGAACAACCCAUUUGUUCUCCCAGGGAAUGAGGACGGGGAUGACUGGCGCCCGAAUAAUGACCAAACCAUAGGAAGAAUAGUGCUGUACACCCAUAGUCCCACUGGAGGAUACAGAAAGUGCGCCAUCAGGUACUUUUCCGAUCCACAGAACUGGGACACUCUCGCGGGAUUCCGCAAUGGGACAAGAGGCUUCACCCACUUGCCUUACAUCUGGAAGUAUGAUGAAAACUGGCACAGAGUUCUGCUUGAUCGCUCAGCAAUGAUGUGGCAGAAUAAAGGUGACAAAGAAUUCAACACAAGGGGGGGAAUCAAAAGCCUCCAAGUGACAUGUUUCAAAACCAACUCCGACAGCUCAUAUUUUGCUAUCACCGACGAUGGAUGUGGUAACAAGUAUAUGCUGACAGACCCAAAGAGAGAGGGAUGCUACGAAGAGGUCCGAGACAAAUGUGGAAGCGCAUGA